AUGAAAAACGAAGAUAAGGAUCAAGAGUUAUAUAAUAAAGAAUACAAAUUAAAGUCACUUGUAAUGAGCUGCAUCGCAACAAAACCAGAAACUAGAAAAGAUGCUGCUUUUAUUAAAAACUCCGUCUUAACAGAAGCAGCAAAGCUUGAUAAAGAACAGAAGCUUGAGUUCGAGAAAUUGUUCCAGGCAGGAAUUCUUGAUCAGGUUGAACAUUUGAUCAAUAAUCAUUUCCCUAUUGAAAAAAUUAUGGAGAAACUCAACUUAGUGACUCCAUUGCCUGAAUUUGUUGCUAGGAAGAAUGAAUUAUCUUUUAGAGCAGAAAAAAAUGCCAAUUAA